UAAAAUGCUACUGGAGGUUGGAUCGUGAUAUUUCUCAUGCCGGAUGAAGCACAGUUAGUUAUGGAAGCCGCUUUCUGCCAGAUAGAAAAGGGCUAGAUGUAUGAUCUACUGUUUUGUUUAUCUCCGGCAGCAGCAGGUGAAGAUCCAGAUCCGCGCGUGAUCCGGAAUCCGUGUUUUGGCGCGCGCCGCGGAUCGACUCGAGCCGACUUGUUUACUGCUGGAGGGACACACGGAGAGAGACAGGAGUCCAUAUGAGACACGACGACCAGUUUUACUCACUUUUUUGUCUACUUUGAAGUUUAUCGACGAGUCCAUUUCAGAUGUCUUUAACAGGAAAGAGGUGUGUUUGUCGGCGCGGGUCGGUUAUGGGUGUCGCGAGGCUGUAAGACUCUCAUUAAGGACGGCGAGGCGCUCAGUCCAAACACACCGCACCAUUUUGGCUCGGGAAAAAAAAAAAAAAAAAAAACACCCCACAAAACAGACGGAUUCCCAACGCUUGAGUGACUGUGACUCGUUUUGGAAACGGAGUCUCGCCCGUGAGCGAGUGUUCGAGGGGAAACGUGUCCGUGUUGUAUAUCCUGUCUGGAGAAUUAAACACGAACUUGUGUUUGAGGAGGAAAACACUGAGCAGUGCGUGAAACUGGACGAGCUGUGGAUUAACGCCGAUUUAUCCUGCGACACACAGAAGCUGGGUCAAUAAUUAAUCCAGGGGGGAAAAAACCGUCUGUAUCUCUAAUAAUCAAAACGAACUUGUGUGAGAGCGGUAAAAUCGGCGUGUUUUUGACCAGUAGUGGAGAUAGUAACUGGAAUUUCACAGGCCUGAUUAAACACAUGUCAGAUUUCUCUGGGUUCAAACCAGCAUCUGGAUUUUUCUAUUUGUUUUUGAAAAGGAUGUCCACGUAACCUGCUAAAAUGAAGAUCUGCAUCCAUUUGCCUUUUUGCAAGAACAUGAGCUCACAUCGUUUGAUCGCAGUGUGUGGUGUAGUCCAGAGGCAAAGCGCGGAAUAAGUUCAGAGUCUGGAAGUGAAAGAAAACUGAAGCACCACGUUGGGCUUGUGGUCCGUGUUUGGGCCGCUUUGCCUCAACUUUUCCCAACUUUUCCCAGGACUUAUUUGGUUGUUUUCAUGUUUUUUUUUUUUUUUGCUUUAUUCUACAUCAUAGUGGAUUUGCUGUAAAGCUUUGAAGGCAUUACAAAUCGCAUUUUUUGUUUCCUCCAAGAAAAGUCAAAACAAAACGAAAAAGAGAAACACGUUUGAAGGCACAAUGCGACCGGACUCGUUACUGGCUGUUCUCCUCACUUUUAUCAGCCUUUUGUGUCAUUCUGGACCUUUAAAUGCUGAAAUCUGCUCCAGCAAAGACAUCCGGAACGACGUGACCAACCUGCGCUUGCUGGAGAACUGCACAGUGAUCGAGGGCCACCUGAAGAUCCUGCUCAUGUUCAAGACCAGAGCUGAGGACUUCCGUGGCCUGAGCUUCCCCAAACUAGUGAUGAUCACCGACUACCUGCUGCUGUUCCGCGUCUACGGCCUGGAGAGCCUGAGGGAUCUGUUUCCCAACCUCGCUGUCAUCCGUGGCAACAACCUGUUCUUCAACUACGCCUUGGUGAUCUUUGAGAUGUUGCAGCUGAAAGAGGUGGGGCUUCACGGUCUGAUGAACAUAACACGCGGAGCCGUGCGCAUGGAGAAGAACCCCGACCUUUGCUACCUCUCCACCCUCGACUGGUCCAAAAUCCUUGACUCGGCUGAGGACAACUACAUCGUGGCGAACAAAAACGAGCGCGAGUGCGGUGACAUCUGUCCUGGAACCAUCACCGGAAAGAUCACGUGUGUCCAGACCACCAUCAACGGCCAUUUUGGAGAACGCUGCUGGAACCAAGACCACUGCCAGAGAAUUUGUCCUUCUGCGUGUAAACAUCCCAGCUGCACCUCAUCCAAUCAGUGUUGCCAUGAUCAGUGUCUGGGCGGGUGCUCGGAAGUGGGCAGUGCCAGGGCGUGUGUGGCAUGUCGUCACUUCCUGCAUGAAGACACGUGCGUGGAACGAUGUCCUCCCGGUUACUACACCUUUAAAGGGUGGCGCUGCGUCUCCUUCCAGUUCUGUCAGGAACUUCACAACCACUGCAAACAGACGAAGAGCAAAGACUGUCACCAGUAUGUCAUCCACGACGGAGCAUGUAUCCCAGAAUGCCCGUCAGGGUACACCAUCAUGGACUCCACGUUAAACUGUACUCUGUGCGCUGGUCUCUGUCCUAAGCUGUGUACCGGAGUGCAGACGAUAGACUCUGUGACUGCAGCUCAGGCUUUGCGUGGUUGCACCGUCCUCAACGGCAGCCUCAUCAUAAAGAUCCGCGGUGGCAAUAACAUAGCGGCAGAACUGGAGGCCAACCUGGGUCAGCUGGAAGAGAUCACCGGCAACCUGACCAUCCGCAGGGCUUACGCUCUUGUCUCGCUGUCCUUCCUCCGGAAACUCCGCCUCAUCCGCGGAGAGGCUCUGGAAAGCGGGAACUACUCGUUUUACGCACUGGAUAAUCAGAACUUACGUCAGCUCUGGGACUGGUCCAAACACAACCUGACCAUCCAGCAUGGCCGCGUGUUCUUCCACUACAACCCCAAACUCUGCCUGUCUGAGAUCCACAAGAUGGAGGAAGUGACGGGGACCAAAGCACGACAAGUCAAGAACGAUAUCGGACCUCGCACCAACGGGGAUCAGGCCUCCUGUGAAAACCAGCUUCUGAAUUUUACCAUCAUUCGCACAAUGGCUAAACAUAUAUUGAUCACGUGGGAGCCAUUUUGGCCUCGUGACUUCAGAGACCUGCUGGGCUUCAUGGUGCUUUAUAAAGAAGCUCCAUAUCAGAACGUGACUGAGUACGAUGGACAGGAUGCUUGUGGUUCUAACAGUUGGGUGAUCACGGACGUGGAGCCGCCGGAGAGGACGUCAGAAGUGAAGCGCGACCCUGGCUGUCUCCUGACACAGCUGAAGCCAUGGACACAGUAUGCCAUCAUGGUGAAAACGCAGCUGUCUGUCUCGGACGAUCAGCAGGUCCAAGGAGCCAAGAGCAAAAUCAUCUAUGUCCGCACCAACGCCAGCCGACCCUCUGUGCCUCUGGACCCCAUCUCCAUCUCUAACACUUCGUCUUCGAUCAUUCUGAAGUGGAAACCUCCCACGGAGCCUAACGGGAACAUAACACACUACCGCGUGUCCUACCAGAAACAAGGGGAGGACAGCGAGCUCUACAAGUAUGACUACUGCCAGAAAGGAAUGAAGCUGCCGUCGCGUGCCCCCACAAACCCCAGCCCAGAAGUCAGUCUGAAGUGGAAUCAGACCGAGGAUCAGAAUCAGAACAUGAAGUGUUGCAGCUGCCCCAAAACCGAGACACAGCUGAAAAAGGAAGCUGAGGAGCGCGAGUUCCGCAAGACCUUCGAGAACUACAUCCACAACGAGGUCUUCGAACCCAAAUCGCACCGUCGUCGCCGCUCAGUGGGAGUGGCUAACUCUACUCUCACUUCCAUCCUGACCCCACCUCCUCAUCUGGCCAACGGCUCCUCCCCUACUCCAACGCCAGAGGAGAAGUUGGUGUUGAAGGUUGUCGGUAAAGAAUCGAUAGUCAUCUCGAACCUGCAUCACUUCACCAGCUACCAGAUUGAGAUCCAGGCGUGUAACCACCCAGAGGACCUGGAUUACUGCAGCGUCGCUACCUUCGUCUCUGCCCGCACCAUGCCUGAGGACAAAGCGGACAACAUUUUGGGCCGUGUGCUUCCUGAGAUCCUCCCUGAAGAACCCGAGUUUGUGUACAUCAAAUGGCAAGAGCCCAAAUCCCCAAACGGCAUGAUCAUCCUGUAUGAGGUCAACUACCAUCGGCUGUCUGAUAAUGAGGAGCUGCAUCACUGUGUAUCGAGGAUCAGUUAUGAGAAGAACGGAGGUUGUAAACUGAGAGUUUCACAUCCUGGGAAUUACAGCGUGCGAAUCCGAGCCACUUCGCUGAAGGGAAACGGAUCGUGGACCGAGCCAGUUCACUUCUACGUGCCAGACAACUACAUGAAUGUGAAGAUCAUCAUUGGCCCGGUGAUUCUACUCAUCAUCUCAAUCUUUGUUGGAAGCGCUGUCUGUUUUGUACUUAGGAAGAAGCAAACUGAAGGACCCACGGGCCCCUUAAUCGCCUCCUCAAACCCAGAGUACAUCAGUGCAAACGAUGUGUACAUUCCUGAUGACUGGGAGGUGGCACGUGAGAAGAUCACACUCCUGCGCGAGCUUGGUCAGGGCUCCUUCGGCAUGGUGUACGAGGGCAUCGCUAAAGAUAUCGUCAAAGGAGAAUCGGAGACUCGAGUGGCCGUCAAAACUGUUAACGAAUCUGCGAGUCUGCGCGAGAGGAUCGAAUUCCUCAACGAAGCCUCGGUCAUGAAGGCGUUCAGCUGCCACCAUGUGGUGCGACUGCUGGGUGUUGUAUCAAAAGGACAGCCAACGUUGGUGGUGAUGGAACUGAUGACACACGGAGAUUUGAAGAGUUACCUGCGCUGCCUCAGACCUGAUGCUGAGAAUAAUCCCGGCCGUUGUCCUCCCACGCUCAGCGACAUGAUCCAGAUGGCUGCAGAGAUCGCAGACGGCAUGGCCUACCUCAACGCAAAGAAGUUUGUGCACAGAGACCUCGCCGCUCGCAACUGCAUGGUGGCUGAGGACCUCACUGUGAAGAUAGGAGAUUUCGGAAUGACCCGGGACAUUUACGAGACGGAUUAUUAUCGUAAAGGAGGGAAAGGCCUGCUGCCUGUCAGAUGGAUGGCUCCUGAAUCCCUGAAGGACGGAGUGUUCACUGCUCACUCAGACUGCUGGUCAUUUGGCGUGGUCCUAUGGGAGAUCAGUACGUUAGCUGAGCAGCCGUAUCAGGGCCUCUCCAAUGAGCAGGUGCUCAAAUUCGUCAUGGAUGGAGGAUAUCUGGAUCGGCCGGAGAACUGUGCUGAGAGGAUGCACAACCUGAUGCAGAUGUGCUGGCAGUACAACCCGAAGAUGCGACCCACCUUCAUUGAGAUCAUUGAGAUGCUGAAGGAUGACCUCCAUCCGUCGUUCCAGGAGCUCUCAUUCUUCUAUAGCGAGGAGAACAAACCUCCUGAAACCGAGGAGUUCGACAUGGACUUUGAGAACAUGGAGAGCAUCCCGCUGGACCCAUCGUCAUACAACCAGAGGGAGGAAGGGAGCUUCAGCCGAGACAGUGGCCCCUACGACGAGCACGUGCCCUACACGCACAUGAACGGGGGCAAGAAAAAUGGCCGAAUCCUCGCGCUGCCUCGCUCCAGCCCUUCAUAACGUUUCCUCAUCGUGCUGCUCAGUUUUUCUUUACCUGUUUGUUUUUCUUAGUUUUUAAUUGUAAUAUUUUUUCAGAGGCCCUUAAAAACAGAUCUCAGGUCUUUUUUUUUCUUUUUUUGGACUUCUUCCUGCUGUGGCGACGUGGUUGCAAAACAUCUUUUCUCCAGAUUCAUUCACGCAAUUCGCUUACGUCGCCUUUCAUUUUGCCAAGUUUCCUGGUCGAUGGAGAAAUAAAAAAAAAAAAACUGUGAAUAUGAACCUCUGAAAACCAGAAAGCUGCUUCAGCUAAACCUCUUUUCCCACUUAUUUUAUCUUGCUUUUUGUUUUCUUUUUUAAAUAAUUUUCUGAUUUUCAGAUCGUGGCCUUUAUUGAGUGGCCUACAAAACAAAAAGAAUAUCCAUUUCCUCGGAUCAAUGACUUUAAAGACUGUAUCGGAGGACUUAUGAACGAGGGAUGACACGGACUAUUCUAAGAACAAACAUCGUCUUUGCGCUAAGGAGGAUUUUACUUCUGGAGGAUCCUUGAUCCUUUUCGCCGAUCCACUCUGGUGUUUGGUGAAUGCGUUUUUAAUUUAUUGGCUUUUUCUUCCUCCUCUUUCUUAGUUUUUGCUCGUAUCCUUUUUUUUUUAUGACUGAAGGAUAUUUAAAACAGUUAAGGAUUGGACAGGGGCGUUUCCUCAAGACUGACCAAAAAGCUGCUGCUUUGAUAUCUAAUGGGUAUAAAUAUAUAAUAUAUACGAUAUAUAGAAUAUUGAUGGAAUGUCAAUAUUUUAUUUUUAUAUAUAUAUAUAUAUAUAUAUAUAUAUAUAUAUAUAUAUAUAUAUAUAUAUAAAUAGAGGCAACAUUGAAAAUUUUGUACAUAGUUCGGUUUUUUUUUAUGUCUUCAACAGAUAUCAUAUUUUUCAAGAAUGAGUCUUUUUAUUUAAAACAGUCACUCACCCAGUCAACAGAAUCUCACACUACUCAACACUCACACAGGAAAAUACCUGUAAUUAGUAACAUAAACUGUAGGGGGCGCUAAUUAGAGCAUGAUAGACAGUGAGACCUCAGAUUGUAAAAAAAUGUAACCCGCUUUUCACCAAUAUCUGUUUGUGUUAUUGGUUUAUUUUAAUCACGCUGUGUUUUAGGGUUUAGCUUAAUAUUCUGUUUAUGGCAGAAAGUAACUUCAGGGUUUUAAAUAGACUUACAAAAAGUCUGAAAGAGACAAUGUUGUGUUGAAUAUUCUAAAAAAAAAAAAAAAAAAAAAAAAAAAAAAACUGCAACAAGAUGGUAGAAUUGUAAGAGCACUACAUCCAAAAUCGCUCAAUAGUCCGCCACCCGAGGUACAUAAUGCUUUAGAAAGCAUUGCUAACUAGCGAAACAUUUAGCAGCUGAGCUACUAGCCACUGUGACAACAGCCACGCCCACACAAUAGUAUCAACACAUGUUACAUCAUUGUGUAUUAUCUUCACUUUAUCCAUACGUCAACUUAUUACCUCAGACAAAAUUCUUUUCAUGUUUAGGUGUCAAACAUAGGUACUAAAUAGUAAUAAUAAGGCUAGGCGGUGUGGUACCGUUCUCUGAGGACUGUGUGGUGGUCAUGAGGCUGGAUAUUAAAGCAUGAGGUUUGAUUAAAUCAUUCAGCAGACAUCAAGACAUUCCAGUGGGCUUCCCAGAUUUCUCCAUUUAACCAAGAUGUCACAUAGUGUGUGGUGGGGAAAAAACGUUGAGGAUGUUUUGGUUUGUCCUUCUUGUGCAGAAAUAAAGGACGUAUGGAGGACAUUAGAAGAAGUGAUGUCACCUCACCAUGUUCCAGCUGACAGGGAAUAUCAAACAAAGUUUAACCCAAACUUUGUUCAGAGACUAGAUGCAUGAGAAAAGACUGCUUUUUCUUUUACGUCACCGGAUGUUGUAAAGCUAUGUUCAUAAGAUUUUCGAAAUGCGUUUCUAUAGUUUGUGUUGGUGGACGUGUCUUUAUUUGUGCUGGUUAAGUAGGUGAUGCAGGAUUGAUGCGUGUAAAGGAAUGGCUAACAUAGUACAUGAUAAAUGGAACCCAACAGGAUAUAAAACUGUGAUUGAACAUUACUGUUUGUUCUGUAAAUUCCAUAAAUGCUAACAUGGCUAAGAGAAACUAGUAGAGUAUCCAGAAGUUAGAUUGACUUUUGGCUUUUGUGCCCUUCUAACUUCCACAAAUGUGACUAAUGUGGCUAACAGAUUCGCAGAGUAUUAUACACUGAUGUAAGAAUUACUGAACUUGUAACCUGCAGAAAUGCUAAAAUACGCUAAGAGAAACUAGUGGAGUAUUAAACUCCAGAUGUUCGCUUUGUUAAAUACUACCAUAACAAUUAGCAGAGUACCACACUCUGUAGUCAGAAUUAACAUUACUGUUGAUCAUCAUCAACUUGUACAUUUUUUAGAAUGUUAACAAACCGAUGCUAGCGAAGCAUUAAAGCCAGGUAGCAUUAUUGUUUGAAAUGAACGCCUUUCUGUCUAGUAGAAACGAUAAGGGAAGUGAGCAGACCAUAAAACCCAAAGUCAGAAUUAGCAUUACAUUUGGUACUCAUGAAAUACUAACUUCCAGGAUUGCUAAUGUGGCUAACAGACGCUAGCAAAGCAUUAAACCCUGAAGUUAGCAUUGUCAUUGGCUUCCAUUAACUUUCACAAAACGCUAAGCUUAGCCGAGGCGUUAAGAAUGCAGAUUUUCUGGUAUUUUCUGAUAUUUCUAACCUUCUAACAUAAUGUAAUAUGUUCGUAACAAAUCAUAGAAAUUCUUCACCUCUUUCUAGAGAUUAUUAUCAUGAAGGUGUGUGGAAUUUUCUUAAACAAGAUGACAUAUCUGAUGUUUGACAUAUUUAUUUUUAUUAUAUCUAACCCAGGGUACAUCUUGGUUCAGAAAAAUAGCGACGCAGGUAUUAUGGCUGAACAGUCAGACUCGGUUUAGUAAUGCUAGGUUGAGAAAUGAUUCUAUUUUUAAUAGUUUGGACACAAUCUACCUCAGUGAUUUACAGAAUAUAGUCAAGCGGAGGAUGUUUUUCUCUCUCUCUCUCUCUACAAUGCCUAUUAUUCAGCUAACGACAUUAAAGGUGAAGUUCGAUGAUAGUCCACAACUAGAGUUCCUAACUUUUGUUAGUAAGAUUAAUUUAUCAGUUUGGGGUUUGUUUUUGUUUGUGUUUUUGUUUGUUUUUUGUUUUUUUCAGGGGGAAAAGAUUGUUUGAACUGAUCACAUCACAAUAUAUUGCAUAGAUAAAGCCACUGAAACGGGACCUAAUUGAAAUGUAAAAAACUUAUAUCCCCACCAGGAUACGUCAAAGUUCAUCUUAAAUCAUUCUGUGAUUUGUUUACGUUCGGUAUUUAAAAUAACUUGUUAUUGUUCGACAGGGUCUCUAGAAGAGAGUACACUUUAGAUUGAGCGCCCCCUUUUGAAGUUAGUCUGUAGUGUGUCUGUGGUUACCACUGAUAAUCAUUUCAAUAUGUUUUUCUGCACUGAAUAAAGAACAGAAAAUGACUUUACUCCAAACUCACUCAUAAUGGAAGUCUAGGUUAGUAACGAAGGCUAACUGCACUAGUUACGCACACUCAGCAGGGACACCAACAAUCUCUGCUACUUCCUUCUUGAUUACAUAUUUUCUUGGUAAUGUCUCUAUACAUGUUUAAUGUGGGACUGUAUGACAGGAUUAGAUGAAUCCACGGUGAUCAUUUUUAAUCAGGGAAAAUGGGAACUAAUCGCAUGUAGGAGCUAAAGUUGUGAGAGAGGAACUGAAUAAACAACGGACCACCCGUGCCAUACGAUCGGUCGGAGGAAUCAUUCGAGCCAAGUGAUUUCUCACUUUACAGCAUCAUGCCCAACUUACAAAGAAUCGAGUCUCAAUUCAGAUCUCACUUGUUGCUGAAAUCGUGGCCGCGUGUUGCGCUGCUUUGUCACGUCUUAGCGUGAGCGUAGGAUCAUUCAAGGGUAGGUGCUGAUACAUUUUCGCAAACCGUAUUUUUGUAAAACAUAUUCAGAUAGUACAUGUUCAGUCAAAGUUGUUUGAAAAGGAAGCCCUUAAAUCAUUCCUUUCAACCAUGGGACUACUUUUACAGAGGGGGGGAGCAUAAACCUGAAAGUGUAAAGUUACCAGAAGUACUUUUUAUUUUAUUACUGUCACAUUGGAGACAAAUAUAACUCCCCGAGUACCACGUCUGUAACAUUCUAACAUAUAUAUAUAUAUAUAUAUAUAUAUAUAUAUAUAUAUAUAUAUAUAUAUAUAUAUAUAUAUAUAUAUAUAUAUAUAUAUAUAUAUACACACACAUAUACAUAUAACCCACAAGUGGAUUUGGAGUAAAGUAGGUUUCUGUUCUUUUCUCAAUGAAUGGAAAUGUUUAGGAAAUUCCUGUUUGGUAAUCACACACAUGAUAUAUGGAGAUUAUGUUGCAAAAAAGCUGGAGUUUUCCUUUCAUUUUGUUCAAUAAGGAGAAUUUACAUUCAGUGUAACAACCUCAAACAAUACCAGUCAUUUUAUUCACACAUCAAACUUUAUAAAAUAAAAACUAUUUAAUAAAACUGUGGAGGUGAGUGAUAAAAGAAAAGUGUCAUGGGGACACACACAAAGAAAUCCAGCAUAAGCUUAUUAUGCUCUUGGUUUGUUCUGCUCGUGUCAAUGAGAUCAUUUGUCUUGUUUGGACACAAUACGAAAUCCCCUUGUCGUGUCAUGAAAAUGGUUCCCUUUCUUGUGUGAACUGAAUGUGUUUUCUUGUUAAAUGUUUAUUUGUCUGUUGUUUCAUAAGUGUAUUUUUCCUUACUGUGAAAAUGGAGAGAUAUUGCUAGCGUUGUUCAUGGGUUUGGGGGAGAUGGAUGCUACACACCUCCCCUUGUGCAUGGGUUAGCUCUUAGGACAAUCCUGUGUGCCAAAAAUGUGGUUUUCAUGUUUAAUUUUUCUUUAAACAAAUCUUGGCUUAAGAUGAAUUCUCAGGAAGGCUCGAGCAUGGGAGGCUCAGCUCGCUCCCUCAGCCUCUUGAUCAUGCUAGAAAUUCGUCGCGCUCUUUAGAUUUUUUUUCUGGCGGUUUCUAGUGACGAAAAUGAAGAGCAUAUGUGGCGCGUCGUGUAACCUAAAGGCCCUUACCCACAGUGCCUUGCACAGACUUCAAACCAAACCCAGCCAUCAGACUCCCCUGGACUUGGAGUGUUCCUCUCAGACAGAGAGAAGAGCCUUGUUUGGGACACUUCCCGGAGUAUUAACCCACAUCAGUGGAGUUUUUAAAUGCAUAGUCUGAGAUAACGGCGAACUUUUAAUGGCUUAAACGUUUUUGUUUUAUUUGUUAGGGGUUUUUUUUUCUCCCCUUCUUAUCCCCCCCCCCCCCCCCCCGAAACUACUUCUGCUUGGCUCAAUAUUACUGUAUGGGUAUAUGUGAAUGAUAUUCAUGUUUUCUUUCUCUUUUUUUCUUUUUAGUUUAUUUUCCUUGCAUUUUGUUUUUAAAGCUGAACUUGUCUCUGCUUGGAAUUGCUGUGGCUUUUUUGCUUUAACACAGCAAAGCGAGUUAUCAUUUUACCAUCAGCUUUCACUCGGUCCCCGAUUCAUCACCGGUCCUAGUGCAGAAGCCAAGCUAUGUAGUAAUUGUACCUAUUUAUAGAAGACAUGAUGAAAAAUAAGUCAUACUGUAGAUAGCAGCAGGUUCCCCACAAACACGCAGCACUUAAUGUUAAGAUUUUAUUAUUUUUAUUUUAUUUUUAAAGAAAGCAAGCUGGCAGAGUGACAGGCUGAAGACAAGGCAUUGUAUGUAUUUUAUUGUUCUAAAAAAAGAAAAAAGAAAAAAAAAAAAAGAAGAAGAAAAAAGUAUUACAUUAUUAGAGAUGUUCAUUUCUAUUUUUUUAGCCAAAAACUGGGAGGGGCAAAAAUUCAAACUACUUUUCUGACUGUAAACUUUUUUGCUAUUCUUGUACAUUAUGAAAUGAAAUUUGCAUUAACAGUGUGUGUAUAUAGUCUUUUUUUUAGAGGAAAAAAAAUGGGAAAAGCGGGACAUCCUUUUGGUUACCGCAGUCUGGACGUUUCUCACUUUCAUGUACAGCCGCCCGUUUGCCAUCCACGAACUCGUCGCGAUCAGCAUUUUAUAUCACAGGUCUCACGUUUGUAUGUGUGUUCGGAUGUAUGUUUCUGUGCUUUGUACGAUAUGAAAUUCUCUCUGUGGUGAGGUGUGAAAACUGAUCAAGAUUGAUGGAGGUUCUUUAAGGUCACAUUUGACCUAAACAUUUUUAACAAGCUUAACCAAAAAAGCAAUGGUUAAUGACGAAAACUUAAAAAUGUGUAACUGAUUGAAAUUCACUGCUUUAGUUUAAGAGGCUGAUGUAGCUACCAAGUAGUAACUUUCACCCAGAAUAUUUAGUGUGGACUAUAAACCUGAACUAAACUUCAUGUAGCAGAAGCACUGGAACAUCCAUGUGUUGUUUUUAGCAUGAUUUAGUAUUGCUUCACCCCAUAGGCCCCGCCCACUAAAGUUUAAAGCUGGACCUGUACCAAAAAAGCUGUAAAGUAGCAUAUAUGAUUUCAGUUCCACAUUAAAAUGAAUGGUCUAAAUGCAGAAAAUUGCAUAUUUUUAACACGGUCCUGAUAAAUAUUCUCUAUCAUGAUGGCUAUGUUUGCUAACGGUUGCCAGCAUAUCAGUACCGCAGUGCUCCAAACAAUUUUUACAACUUUUAUUUAACAACUAAAUUCAUUUUAAAAAAUGACACUGAAACGGAAGCAAUAUGAAACGAUAACCCAGGGGAAAAAAGUGAACAGAAUGAAUGCAGAAUUAGCAAUUUAUUACUUUAAGCAACAAUUAAAAUGCUUAGUGUUCUAAAACUACUGUCGAUAAAGGCUCGUGAUAUUAAUGUUGUCAUAGCACCCACUACUGUUGCUCCUGUUUUAGAAGAUUUAGGUAUAAAUGAGAUUAUAGAGGAAACGAGUAUAUGAUAUAAAAUCUGGGCUUGUAUCAAUUGAAAACAUUUUGGGUGAGAUUUUCAUUACUUGUCAGCUCAUUUAGACUCCAAGCUCCAGGAAAAAAUAAAGAGGCUAACCUUUAAGCAGAAAUCCUUGAUCUCUUAAUACAUAUUUUUAAAUCACGAUAUGAAUUUGUUUUUUAAAAAUCGUAAUUUUCUGGACUCUAAACCUCUUUUGACCUCGCCGUGUCUCACCAUCAUCUUUUCAUCAGCAGCGUUGUUCUCCAUUUUCCCAUCAUUUCCUCGUCAUACUGAUAAACCCGUGAUGUAUUGACCCACACACAACCACAACACGAAUCCUCAGUCGUGCCAUCAACCUCACAUUUACUUACACACUCCUGUGUGUUUAUGUGUGUAUAUAAAAUCACAAUCAUAAGCUCCAUGACAAAAAAAAAAAGCAACUGUAUUGGAUCAAAAUGUGCCAUGAUUAGCUGAAAGUCCCGCUUUAUUACGUUGUUGUUGUUGUUGUUGUUGUUUUUUCUUCCUCAAGGAGAGCCAAGCAGUUAUAUGUACAGAAAAAUGUUAUGUUGAAUGAUAUGAAAAUAAAUUUUGCUGUGUGUAAAUUAUUCAACAAUUAACUGUUUAUAUAAAAGAUUAUGAAUUAAAAAAAAACUUAUUGGAGAAAAAAA